UCACAAUAUAAUUUUAUUCACAACAACAAUAUUGGUGAAAUCACUCGUUUACAAAACCAGGAGCCCAAUGUGGUCUCUGUUUUCUGUGGAGGGAAUGGCUGACCGUAAUCUUCUGGAUACCACUAAUAUCGUCAAUGGAGUGGCAAUAUUACUUUCGUUCUUUAUCGGCUACAAAUAUGCAUUAAAACGGCAAGAUGCCAAAGAGAAUCAAGGCGCUGCUGCUAAAUUGUCCUCUGAUGAGGACACUGCAGCCGGCUCAUCGGUUGAGCAGAAUGAAUCGGUCUGGAUGAAUAAUAGCGGUAAUUACAAAAUGGUUCUUGUUGUGCGAAAUGACUUAAAAAUGGGUAAGGGAAAAGUGGCAGCACAAUGUGGUCAUGGAGCUGUAGGCGCUUAUCAGAAUGCAGUGCGCCAAAUACCUAGUGUGGUUCGACGGUGGGAGAACACCGGUUGUGCAAAAGUGGCCUUGAAGGUGGAGAGUGAAGCAGAAAUGAUGGCUUUAAAGAGGGCGGCAGAUCGAAAUAAUCUUAUCACCUGUUUAAUAAGGGACGCAGGGCGUACUCAAAUUGAACCAAAUUCUAAGACUGUUUUAGCUAUUGGACCUGCUCCAGUAGAAAAAAUUGAUCAAGUUACUGGUCACUUAAAGUUGCUUUAAGAUUUACUACACAAAAACUAAUAAAAAUCCAUAAUUUGUCAUAUUUUUGGUGUCCAGCACCAGCUACACAAAACUGAAA